CAAAGGUAGCUAAACAUCAUCCAUAUCGGACAUGGCUUUCAUGCGCUCGUCGUCCUCAUCCAUGGCUCUCGCUCUGCUGCCGCUGCUGGUGGCAGCCGCAUUCUUCAUCCCCUCCAUGGCUUCAUCAGCUUCAGGUACCCUCGACCAUGGCUUGGAUGGUGAGGCACUGCUGAUGCUGGGGAGGUUCCAUGGGUGGAUGGCGGCGCACGGCCGGUCGUACGCCACCGUGGAGGAGAAGCUGCGCCGGUUCGAGGUGUACCAGAGCAACAUGGAGUUCAUCGAGGCGGCAAACCGGGACAGCCGGAUGACCUACAGCCUCGGCGAGACCCCAUUCACCGACCUCACCCACGACGAGUUCAUGGCCAUGUUCAGCAGCAACGAGUCGUCAUGGGAGUCGGAGGAGACGACGGUGAUCACAACUCGCGCUGGCCCCGUCUACGAGGGCACCGGCGCCGUGCAAGAGCCACCUCGUCGUACCAACCUCAACCUGACGGCGGUGGUGCCUCCGAGCGUGGAUUGGAGGGAGAAAGGCGUCGUCACAGCAGCCAAGUAUCAAGGGGAUUCCUGUUCGUCUUGCUGGGCGUUCACGUCGGUGGCGACGAUGGAGAGCGCGCAGGCGAUCAGCACCGGCAGAUCGCCGCCGGUGCUGUCGGAGCAGCAGCUGGUGGACUGUCGGAUUAACGGGUGCGGCAACAGUUGGAUGGACAAGGCCUUCGAGUGGGUGAUCCAGAACGGUGGCAUCACCACGGAGGCGGCCUACCCCUACACCGGCAAGGUGGGCACGUGCCAAAGGGCCAAGCCGGUCGCGGUGAGGAUCAGAGGCUACAAGAAGGUUACACCAUCUGGCAACGAGGCGGCGCUCAUGGAGGCCGUGGCGCAGCAGCCCGUCGCCGCAUCCUUCGACUACAGUGACCCCUGCUUCCAGCACUACAUCCGCGGCGUGUACAACGCCGGUUGCUCCAGGUCCGGCGUCUACACCAAAGGGGCGUGCGGGACAACGCAGAACCACGCACUGGCCCUCGUCGGGUACGGGACCAAGCCUGACGGGACCAAGUACUGGAUCGGUAAGAACUCGUGGACUGACCAGUGGGGUGACAAAGGCUUCGUCUAUUUCCUUAGGGACUCGCCACCCUUGGGCUUGUGCGGCAUUGCCAAGUACCCGCUUUACCCUAUCAUCUGAUGACCCAGCCGCCGUGCACCUCCAUCAUCUGUGUGUGACUCCGUGCAUCUCUACUUAUAUUAUAUAUAUGUAAUGAAUAAUUGCACGGUACCUAGCUAUUCACUUGUGUACUCCAUGCCUAUGCUAUGCAUGUAAAGGUUCGGGUGCUACACAUGCAUCCUUGCCUAUAAUAAAUAAACAAUAUAUAUAUAUAUACAUAUGCCACUCCUUCUUUUUUUAAA